AAUAUGACAAGUAAUAUGCUAAGAAUUAAUGGGCGUGAGUAUGGAAGGCUUUAUAGAUACGAAGAGUUCCGCUUGGAAUCUUUUUAUCUUUUGGACCUGGUAACACCUUGGGACGUGUCUGCAUCAAGUGCAGCUGGCGUCGACUACGAUAAGCUAAUAGUCAAGUUCGGUUGUUGCAAACUAGAGUCAGAUCUCGUUGAGCGCUUUAGAAAGGUCACAGGUCAGGAACCUCACCCAAUGCUUCGUCGAGGCUUGUUUUUCGCCCAUAGAGAUUUUAAUAUGAUUUUGGAUCGUAAAGAACAAGGGAAACCAUUUUUCUUAUAUACCGGUCGCGGACCAUCUUCGGGAAGUCUCCAUCUUGGGCAUCUUGUUCCAUUUAUUUUCACGAAGUGGUUACAGGAUGUUUUUGAUGUGCCACUUAUUAUUCAGAUAACGGAUGAUGAAAAGUUUUUAUGGAAGGAUAUCACGGUAGCUGAGGUUAAGAAGAUGGCUCGCGAUAACAUGAAGGACAUAAUAGCAGUCGGUUUCGACCCUGAAAAAACGUUUAUAUUCAACGAUUUCGACUAUAUGUGUCCUCCAUUCUACGAAAAUAUUUGUAAAAUUUGGAAAAUCGUGACGGGAAAUCAAGCGAGAGCAAUAUUCGGAUUUACAUCUGACGACAGUAUGGGGAAGGCUGCAUUCCCAGCAAUUGAAGCAGCACCCUGCUUUUCGUCAUCGUUUCCUCAUAUUUUUGGAAACAAAACGGAUAUACCCUGUCUCAUUCCAUGUGCCGUUGAUCAAGAUCCAUACUUUCGCAUGACUCGAGACGUAGCACCACGUCUUAAAUUUCCUAAGCCUUGCUUAAUCUAUUCGUCUUUCAUUCCAGCCUUACAGGGGGCACAAACAAAAAUGGCGGCCAGCGAUUCAACGACAUGUAUUUAUCUUUCUGAUACCCCGAAGCAGAUUAAAAACAAGAUCAACAAAUAUGCAUUUUCUGGUGGUCAGGCUUCAAUUGAAGAGCAUCGAUUAUAUGGAGGGAAUUGUGAUGUAGACAUCAGUUAUCAGUUUCUUCGUUAUUUUCUCGAUAGUGAUGAACGCCUAGAAGAGAUUCGACUACAAUACACAGCCGGUGCGAUGUUGACAGGGGAGCUGAAAAAGAUUGCUAUUGAUGAAAUUACGAAGGUGGUUGUGGAAAUGAAGGAGCGACGAGAGAAUGUUACGGAUGAGAUGCUGGAAGAGUUCCUUAGGAUUCGACCACUGAAAUACAAGUUUUAA